CACGUCAUCGAUUAUUUUGCAACGCUGCACCCAAGCACAAUUAGGUAUCUAGAAAAGGUUGAUUAAUAAAGUUAAGAAAUCUCUAAAAGUGUUCGCACCCGCUAAAAUAUUAUCAUAUCGGUCCAUCCCUAAAAUACUUACAUCCCUAAAUCCAAACGGCGAUUUUUGUAAACAUUUGCCACACACAAAAAAACAAACGAAGGCAAUUAUUUAAAAACCAUGAAUACAUGCUUCUUUUGCGGUGCCGUUGACAUACACGGCACUGCAAAUUAUGAACUGCUCACAGCCAAGGUGCCUUCGUCACACAAAUCGGUGUCGUUAGUGCUCACUCACCUCGCUAACUGUAUGAAAACCGAAAUCAAACUUAGCACAAAUACAAAACUUUGCCCGCGGUGUUUUAGUGAAUUGGCCGAAUAUGAUACCAUAAUGGUUAAUUUAAUGGUUACACAAAAGAAGCUAACAACUCAAUUGAAAGCGGCAUUAAAAUCGGAAUACGAAGACGAUGGACUGGUCGAGGAAUUGGAUAAAACCGCACAAGAUGAUGCUGAAGCGGAAGCAUUAUUUGAGGAGCUAGUUAAAGAUGAGGAAGAUAUGGAUAUGGAAAUAAAGGAGGAAUACGACGAUGAUGAUGAUGACGACGAAGAGUUCCUGUGCGAAAGUAAAUCCGAUGCUGUCUCCGUCAAAAUGGAGGAUGAGUCCGAAGACCAAGGUAAAUUUAUGCCAAAGCGCGUCAAACAGGAAUGCAGCACCUGUGGUAAAAUCUUCAAUGCUCGCUAUCAAUUGCAAAAGCACAUCAGCGAGGAGCAUAACAAAACACAGGCUCACGUCUGCCCAAUCUGUGGAAUUAUACGCCGCGACGAAGAGUAUCUGGAAUUGCAUAUGAAUGUUCACGAGGGGAAAACAGAGAAACAGUGCCGCUACUGCCCCAAGAGUUUCUCACGGCCAGUUAAUACGCUGCGACACAUGCGUAUGCACUGGGACAAGAAAAAAUAUCAAUGCGAAAAGUGCGGAUUGCGAUUCUCACAGGACAAUCUCCUCUACAAUCAUCGCCUGCGCCACGAGGCGGAGGAGAACCCAAUUAUAUGUAGUAUAUGCAAUGUCUCAUUCAAAUCGCGAAAAACUUUCAAUCAUCAUACGCUCAUCCACAAGGAGAAUAGGCCACGGCAUUACUGUACCGUCUGUCCAAAAUCGUUUACGGAACGUUAUACACUUAAGAUGCAUAUGAAGACACACGAAGGCGAUGUGGUCUAUGGCGUUCGGGAGGAGGUGCCCGUGGAUGAUCAGGUGGUUGAGGAGCUACAGGUCGAUGUUGAUGAAUCCGAGCAGGCUGUCACAGUUAUAAUGUCUGACAAUGACGACAAUUCCGCCGGAUUCUGUCUUAUAUGCAGCACGAAUUAUGAGAACAAGAAGGAACUGGAGCAUCAUUUACAAAUCGAUCAUGAUGUCGUAUUAAAAUAAAUAGCAUUUAAACACCCUAAUCUAACGCAUAUUCAACUUUCAAUUUUAAAAAUUUAAGAAACUGAAGCAUAAUAAUCCUAGUUUUUAUAGGCUGGAAUAAAUUCUUGACAUGACUUAUUUUUCAAAUGAAAAGCUUCUAUGUAUAAAUAUUGCAUAUUUC